AUGUCGGGGAUUAUUCUUUUUCUUUCAGUUUCCUGUUUCUCAACACUAACAGAUGGUAAUUACACAAGUCAUGUAUUCAAUGAAGUUGUAGUGUAUCGAUACAGGGCUUCCACACAAAUUGUGACUGCUGUAGUGUAUGAAUUUAGAGGAAAAUUAUGGGAAUAUAAAAAAGUUUCAUAAUGUCGUAAUAUAAUGCGGUGAAUUGUUAUCUAUAAGAUCAAUACCGAUACCCGGGGGAUGGCCGCUUAACCAAGUUUCAACUGUACUCUGUAUGUUUAAAUUGCAGGUCAACAGCAAUCAGAUCCACCAAAAAUUUUUAAUUUUCUAACCAAGGAUUUAGUAGCUCCUGAAGAUGUCAAGUUUGGAAGAGAAAAUGCCUUGAAAUUGCCGUGUGGUGCUAGUGGAAAUAACUUACAAUGGACUUGGAGGCACAAUGAUACUAUAACUAUUUCUAAAGGUGGUAAAUUCACCGUUGGUCCCAAUGGAACCUUAUAUGGAAGUUACCUAGAAAGUGAGCAGAGUGGGCACUACCAGUGUUUUGUAAGAGACAAUGUUACAGGCAUUGAGACGUUCAGCAGAAAGAUAAAAGUCGCUGUUACAGGUUAGGCCGCUUUUAAAAUCUGAACUGAAACAUUUCCAGGUCGUCUGUUUUUCUUACUUGCAAACAGCUCCUACUAAACCUUUUCUCGAGGCGAACUCACUUUCUUAAUACGAAAUAAUCGCGCAAACAUUUCCAAAACAAAGAAAACACCCAGGUUUCCCGCGACGUCAACCGUGCGUUUGUGCAUUAACAGAUCAUGGGCAAUGACCAAUCACAGCGCGCGUAGCAUUCAUCGACCAUAGCUCUCGACCAAUCAGCGAGCGAGAAAUCGUUGUACCACUGAAAAAAAUUGGCUAGGUUGACUUUGUUCAAUUGCCGAACCCAUUUAAAAUCAAUCAAACGACUGAAGUUCAUUGGGUUUUAUUACGGAAUGUUUAAUUUGUUGCGCUGGUUAACGGUGUUCGAUCUUAGUAGUCCUUUAGCCAGUGGUGAACUUACGCAAAAGCACGACAGAGAAAAACGACGGCAAACCUUGUGUGACAAGCGUGACAGCAAGUUUACUUUAUCGCAUGAAUAAAUGCAACAUUGUGAAGUGAUGACGAUAAUCAAAAUGGUUCCAAGAAUUACCAGCUAAGGAGGCAGGAUUCCACUAAGGCUCAGCAGAUCCGAUCACAGAUCAAACGUCUUAGAUUUUGUAAGCACAGCCCCCUACGUAGUCAACAGUAAACGGAAGACAAAAUACGGACAAAGCAAGAAAGCAACAAGCAAAACAACAACAACAACAACAACAAAACAAAAUAAAAACAAAGUAACACUGUUAGCCCCGCGGGCAUUGCAACUUUUUUCAUCACGGUUGCCUGAAGCAUUUUUAGGUAAAGUAAGAUGGUCUGAAUGGGGUUAACCGUCAGCUGUCAAAACCCCUAAAACUUAAAUGUCAACCGUCAACCGGCAAAGAUACCCGGGGGGACUCCCGUUUGAAAGGGGCGGGGAUGCUCGUUGGAAAUUUUGAAUUAAACCCCUAAAAGAGAGCAAUCUGGGCAUGGCCCAACCUUUUUUGACCCCUAAAAGCGAUCAUUUUAAACUUUGAUCAAUUACAUGAAUCGAGGAAAUUAUUACGAAUUGAAAAUAUAUAAUUUUUUAAUAUUCCUUCCAGUGCAACCCUAAAAGAGACCUUUAGGACUAAAUAUAAUAGUAUUUUGCCCAAAACACCCGAAGCGAGACCAAAAUCUGAUCAUGAAUUUUACACCCCUAAGCGAGACGACGAGCACCCCCGUCGCUUUCAUAUGGGAGUCACCCCCGCCCCCCCGGGGCAAAGCUACCACCCCGUUGAGACCCUCAAAGUAAUGGUGGAUGGUGGAGAUGCUCGGUGAGGGGCCCGGGGGGAGUUAAGAGCUUUACUAAGCACAGCCAUGACAGAUUUAUAAUAUUCUUGUUUCCUUAUACAGUUGUAGGGAAAUUUAACGAUCCGGAGACUAAACAGGUGGUGCAGAGUGUUGACCUUGGAGAGGAAUUUAGUUAUGCGUGUCCUCAGCACUCUCCCAGUUAUGGCGUCAGCUAUUCGUGGGUUGGGAAAAACGCCGGUUUAAAGAUACAGUUCAAGAGGAAUGAACGACGAGCCAUCACACAGUCAGGGCAGCUAUUCAUAAUGUUUGUGACUGAGGACGAUCUCAAAGAGUUGGAGGAAAAUGAAAAUCAAGGAAUCCGUUGUCAGAUUUCUGCAGCUAAAAGAUUUGAACCUUCUAGUCUUUUAAAGUUAACAAAGAAAAAUCCAGGUGAAUUCUCUGUUUUCUCUUAACAGUGAAGGAAGUCAACAAGACUUGUAGCUAUUAAUGUGUGUCGCCUUUCUUUAGAGCCUGUACUAACUCUCCUUCUGAUUUCGGUGGCUUCGGUGUGGUGUCCAUACUGCUUUCAGUCCCUAGGCCAAAUUACAGUACAGUCUCUCUUAACGCAAACCUCCGUAAAACAGACACCUACAGGAAGUCUCUGGCUUUGUAUUCUCCCUUUAUUUGUAUCUUAAUAAGACGGACACCUCUCUGAGAAGGACACCAAUAGCGCCGCUGCUUGUGCCGGUCCCUAUGCGUUUCGGGUCACGUGGUUCGAGCGAGUUUUCCCGACCGUUCGUCUCGGUUAACUCACCGUAAUGCAUUGACGGCGAGAAGGCCUAGACAGACGCCCUUCAGAGACUAGGCAAAGAUGUGGUCAAAAACGUAACAGGGGGCACAAAAUGUAAUUCAAUCCCAGUGGCGGAUCCAGGGGAGGGCCCUCCGCCCCCUUUAUUUUUUGACCGCCCCCUCCCCCUCCUAUCUGGAGGGCUGGAUCCGCUACUGAAUCCCGUCGGCUUUUCGUGCUGACACUAAAAGCCAUCCAGUAUAGUAUGUACACCUAUCCGAUAUGUGACAUGUGACUCUCCAGUUUAGAGGUCGGCACGGCGUAGCUUCGCUGAAAUCACCGAUCUUAUGUGUGAACAGAAGCCCUAUUCGGUAUCGUUUUUGUGCCGGAGGCAAAAACUAUCCGGUAUAGUGUGAACAAAGCCUAAGCAAGGCCUGGUUAGCUCAGUUGGGAAAGCGCCGGUCUGCCGAGCGGGAGGUCGCGGGUUCAAACCGCAGCCGGACCAACACUCAGGGUCUCUAAAUAGCUGAGAAUAAAGUGCUGCCUUUGUAAUGGCAUCUGCAAAUGUUUAGACUUUCUAGUCUUCUCGGAUAUGGACGAAAAACUGUGGGUUCCGUCUUACAGCACUUUCACUGAUUUGUUUUUGUGGGACGUAAAAGAACCCACAUCAGUAUUCGAAAAGAGUAGGGGUCUUCGACCCCGGUGGAGUGGCCAACCUUUACGGGUUGUGGGAUUGGGUAGGGAUGGCACUUUGCAUGGGACCUGAUCAUGAGUCCCGUUCGUGCACAUUCCCUCCGGGCAGGCCUGUGGCCAGAAAAGCUGGUAAAUGAAACGUUUUACACAGUAUUGUGUAUUUUGUCUUAGAUAAAAAAGAUCCAAAGACACUAAGAGAGCCUUCUUGGAAGUUGGAAUUUAUGUCUGCUACUCAAGAAGAGGCUUUGGAGCGAAAAAAUAAAACUUUCUAUUGUCUUGCAGCCGGAAGGUAGGUUGGAAUAUGAGUUCAAAAUGGACAAAUAACGAUAACGAUUAUAAUAAUAAGAUGACGAUGGCGAUAAUAAUAACAAUAAUAAUAAUAAUAAUAAUAAUAAUAAUAAUAACCAAAUAAUAAUAAUAGUAAUAACCAAAGGUUACAAAAUGCGGGCGACAAAAAUGGAAGGUCAAAACGCUUUCAAUUCAAUGCUGUGCUUUGGGUAAGUUUCAACUGAGUGUAUUAAUUGUGACAGCUAGCUGCUAGCUCGCUUAAAGAAAUUAUUUAGCCCGGCGUUCAGCCUUUGAGCUUUAUUGUUUGUUGAAUAAUUUUUUUGAACCGUUCAGCAGUCUAUAGCAUCCGUUUUGAACGGCUUGCCUGCCCAUUUUUAAUCCUGUUUAAAGCUGUGCGUUCGGCUUUUUGAACGACUAGCAGUAAAGAACGUUUUCAUCGCCCCAUGUAAUGGAAUGUUGUUACUUUGGUAGGAAAAAAUAGCGAUAAAAAUACACUUCUUAGUGAGCACUUGCUAUUUAUUGUUUUACUGACAACUUCUGGCUGCUAUUUUUUUACUUCUAGACCUGAGCCAAAAAUAACCUGGAAAAUUAAAAGAGAUGGAAAAUGGGAAAACCUUGUGAAUAGAAAGGACAAUUUUCAGAUUGCCGAUGCUUUCCAUGGAAGAUUGCUUAACAUUAUAUCUGUAAAACACAAAAUGCAUCAGGCCACAUACCGCUGUGAAGCAGAAAAUUCUCAAAAUGUUGGAAAUCCGAAAGUCCAUGAAAUACAACUUACAGUGAAAGGUAAAUGGCCUUAGGGCGUUUCCAUUCCCUCCUUCAAUUGAUCGAAUUAUAGCAAGACAGUCCUGGAUUCUGGAUUCCACGCCGUGGAUUCCGGAUUCCAGGUUCUUUAUCAGAGAAACUUGGUUUCUGGAUUCCAGUCUUUAGUGGGAUUCAGGUUUCUUUGAGCUGAAUUCCGGAUUCCAAAGCACAGGAUUUUGAAUUUCGCAAGCAAAUUUUCCAAGAUUCCGGAUUCCACAAGCAAAAGUUUCCUUUAUUCCGUAAUCCAGAUUCCCUUGCACGGGGCGAUACUUACGUGUAUUGAUUAGGUAGAGAAGGAGUUGUAGAGGUAAUUGUAAAUAGCAGUGGCGGACCUAGGGAAGGGGCCCGGGGGGUCCCGGUCCUCCCUUAUUUUCAGACCAAUCUGAGGCCCUAAGAGCCGAAAACAAAAUUUUUGGAGACCGACCCCCCUCAUAUUAGGGCCUGGAUGACCCCCCAUCUGAAAGUCUGGAUCCGCUACAAAAUAUGGGCAUUGCCGUGUAAAAAGACACUUUAAGUUUUGGAAGAAGCGUUUUUCAUAGAUAAUUUUUGUACACAAUUAUUAACCGAUCAUUUGAUUGAUUUUGUUUUCAGUUGCUCCAAGGUGGACGACAAAGCCUCCGCCAGAACUUUUAAUUGAUGUUAAUGGCAAUGGCAGUUUAACGUGCGAUAUAUUUGCAGAUCCUUCGCCAUCUUUUAUGUGGUACAAAAAUGGGAGGAAACUCACAACAUCAACGUAAUUUUUCUUUCUUUUUCUCCCACUAUACACUUCGCGAUAACUUAGGGGACCACAUUCGAUCUUUUUAACGCUUAUGUUUAGGAAGAAACAUUUUCGCGUUUCCACUCUGGAUUGAACAAAAACAAAAAACAAAAACAAGACAAAACAAUAGAGCGACUCCUAAUUUUUUCAAGAGAUUAUCAGAAUGUAUAGAAUAAAAUGGUGAAAUUUUGAGGCACAUGAAAUAUUCUACAAAUUCAAGAGUAGUUGUAAGCCGAGCACUGGAAGGUUAUGACUGUAAGAAAAAAGAUAUUAAUACUUUUCUUUAUAAAAUUUUGCAAUAAAUUCUCUUUGCUUUUGCAUUAGCACUAUAAAUUGUAGCGAUUUACAAGUUGAAAGAAACUGAUUGUUAAACGAAAAGGCAAAAUGUAUAAUUAUUUAACAGCAGAUGGUCGGGUUAACCUCUAUUUAGCUGCCCUGGGUAAAGGGUUCAAAGGUGGCAUACACAAAGUAAAGCCUUGAGAUCAAGUACUUGAAAAGGGCUCUACAGUGGCCUUAAAGGGCAUUUUCUGUACCGAUCUUGAGCAAGCCUAAAUUACGCAACUGCAUAAGUUGUGACUUUAACAGCGAGAAUCUUGAUUUCAUUUAAUCCUGACUAUAGUAAGAAGUUAAACAAUUCCUAGGGGUAUGGUAACACUGAGCUAAUUGGAAACUCUUCAGCUGUUACUACUCUAUUUUCGAAUCUCCCACAGUACACUCAACUGUUGCCUGGUUUCACUGAAAUCCUUAUGGGAGGAAUGCAUAUUCCCAAGAGCAUUGUAUUUAAAAACGUUAACAGGUGCAUAAAUUGGGGGGGGGGAGGGGGGCGGACAGAUUGUAUUAUGGGAAUUCGAAAAUAGUCAGUUGCAGGUUGAGUUAUGUCCAGUCACUAAUGAAGUUGCAUUCUAUAGUGCACAUGUAAGACUGAAUGGGAACAAGCUAGAUUUAAAGAAUGUGAGGUAUCUACAAGAAAGCGGAGUUUAUCAAUGUGUGGCUGUAAAUCCACAUGGACUGAUCGUGUCCUAUACAGUUGUAAAUGUUCGAGGUAAGUACUUGGAAAAUUGCAUUUCUACAAUUGAACCUAUAUUCCCCUGUUACAAAAGUGGACUUUUUCUUUGUUUUAAGAUGAAUCAAUUUUUGAUAAAAGAGCUUGCCAUUUUUACUCUGAAUAUUUUAUAAACAAUUCAGUUUUGUUUUGGUCAACACCAUGCAUACAAUCCUAGGGCUACCUAAGACAAAACGGCUAGGAAGAUGGGAGGAGAAAGACUGCGCUCUAUUUCGCAACACUGUAUAUUUUAGACAGGAGUACUGGAAGGUGGACGUUUUUUAAUCUUUCUUAACCAGUUUUGUCCGAAGUUGCAUUGACAAUGGCAAGAGAGUGAUUGUCACCUCAUAUCAGUGAGCAUGACAACAGCAAAAAUACACUUUUGUUAUAAAAUCUACUCUGAGUUACUAGAAGUUUUGUCACUAACUAAAAUCGUAUUUGGACACACAUUAAAUACGAUCAUUUUACAUACGUUGAUAUCAGCCAAUCAGUGACCCACUUGCCCUUCACAGCACGCGCGCGAACUUAAAAUAGAUUGCAAAUACUUAUCACGAGGCACAGGAAUUCGCUCUCUUAACUCAUUCUCGCUAGCUUUGCUGGUUAAAAAACAAAUCAGGAUACGUCACCGAACCAACUUUUACAAUACGUCAAUUCUUCUUACAUACAUGUUUGGGUAUAAUGCCUUACACACGAAACUUUUCUCAUUGCAGCAACACCAUCUUUUGAAACCGAAUUUGGUCCAUUCUACUUGUUUAAAGGCACUGAGGGAAGGCUGACGUGUAAUCCGAAAGCAGCUCCACGGCCAAGUGAAUAUAAGUGGUAUAAAGGAACCACUCUACUGACGUCAUCACCACCUUACAGAAUAGAGCAUGGGGAAUUCAGCACAUUGAUAAUUGACAAUGUUGACAAGGAUCGAGACGAGGGUCUUUACAAAUGUUAUGCAAAGAACUCGCUGGGUUACGACGAAGCGACAGCAAAUGCUACAGUUUUUAGUGAGAAUUACAUUUGUCCCUUAUAUUAGCUAAAGCAAGACUUUAGUCCUAGUAGCCAGCCAAAUGCGAAUGACUUUGAAAUUUCCGGUCGGUUGUGUCUUAAAACCUCUCAUUCUUUCCUAUGGAAAAAAAAAUAGAAGUAAUGUCUGGGCUGCAAUGUAUUAGCGGGGCUCCCGCGCGCGCGAAGCGCGCGUGGGAAAGAGCCCCAUACUCAUGGAAUAUGGUCAACCUCUUUUCGUUUGGUUGUCACGUGAAGGACCGAGCGUACGUACGUACGUACAUACGGACGUACGCGUCUACAGAUUGUACGGGUGGGGUAGGGGAGACUAUCAAAAGGAAGGGAGGGGUGUCUCAGGCGUGUCUUGGCAAGUCCACAUCUUUAAUAUAGGAUUUUAGGACAUUCACAAUAUGGUCAAUUGACAGCUGUCAAAACAGGAUAGCCACUGACCAGUAUCCCAUGACCAUAUCGCGGGCUCAUGUGUUAACUCAUCGAGGUGACGUGAUUUAUUUGGAAGCUGUCCGCUGACCAGUUAAUUGUUUUACUAGAUCGCGAACAAUUUUCAAUCUCAUACUUUUACUAGUUAAACUGAUAAUGCACACAUAUUGGACAUCAAUGUUUGGAUCAAUUGACAGCUGUCAAAACAGGGUACCCGCUGACCAGUGUCACUUGACCGUAUCGCGGGCUCAGGUGUCGACCCAUCGAGGUCAAGUAUUUUUUUAAGUUACCCGCUGACAAGUUACUAGUUUUCAAGUGAUCGCAGGCUCAAGUUCAAGUUUUUUCUAAAUUCAUAUGAAAUAUGUUGUGUUUAUGUGCUACACAAUUAAAAUUUUGAUUGCAAACUGACCUCGGACGCGAAAAUUCAGCCAGCUGUUACAGGCAGGGAAGACAGAAGGAAGACAGUUGCUUUUGACUUUUCUCACCAUGGUCACGCGUUGGUCACGCUCUACGUCCAAUUUUUACGCUCUGAUUGGUCAAAAUUUGAUAGGUGAGUUCAUGCGGAAAAUUUAUGCAGCAUCUUGAAUUUUGUUUACUUUGACAGCUGAAGCUGACAGAGUUUUGUGUCAACUUGUGAUGUUUUUAACUGUCUUUUUCCACUGGAUGUGCAAAAUGAAAUUCAGCUGUUAUCAGGAGUCCUCUGUUAUUCAUGGCUAGUUUGUUUAUUGGGUUUUUGGUUGAAGAAUACGUCGCUUGUCAAAGUCGGAAAUCCGAUUGCGGAUGGCAUCGUUUUCGUUUUCACCUUGCUUGAUGCGUAAGAGGAUUGCAAAGUCUGAAGCGAUACUGGCUUUUCUUGAUACCUUUCAGGAGCUGCAUCUCGAAUGGUAAGCCAGAGAAAUUAUUGUAUUUUGAUGUUUGUUUUUUUGGAUCUAAUUUAAUGAAGUCGAGCGGAGUUUAUGCGGUCAUUUAGUUGAUGCACGUUUGUAAGAUUCAGGGGCACCCAACGAGGAUAUAGUUCAAAACCACUUAACAUAGCAUUGUUGAACGUAUUUUAGUAUUUAAACGGUAGAUAUAGGCAUAUUUUUAUCCCCUAAAAACUUUUCAUCUGUUCGGAUUUCCUAGCUGAAAGUCUAGUGAUCCGAAAAUUAUAGGGAUCAAAACUUACCUUUUCGAAAAUUUCAGCCAGGAAAAGGCUCCCGAAAAUUCUAGGUGGCCUUUUUUAGAGUAAAUAUCCGUUUAAAAUGGGUAAUUAUACCAUUUUGUAGAUGUUCGAAAAUCCUAGGAGAGGCAGGCAAGCAAGAAAUUUUACAACAAAUGUUCCGAAAAUUCUAGCUCUCAAAUCGCCUUCCGAACAGAUAUUUUCCCGAAAAUUGCCGUUGGGACAAUGAUCUGACCGAGUAUCAGGUUUGAUAUAAGCUUACAGAACUUUAAAAAGCCUUUAGACAGUUUCUCACCGCAAAUAGAAAGAAAACGUUCCAAAGAAUAUUUAGUUAUAAUUCUGGACGGAAAAGAAAGCUUUGAGCGAUUUUCCUGCCUCGAGUUCGUCUUUGAAAAAAGCAAACACCGGGAAGCCGGCUUAAAACAUAAACUUGAGCUUGAAGCUUGAAGACUCAGGAUUUUUAGGGAUACUUUAAUACUUGUCUUCCUGAAUGAAAAUCGUUGUUUCUGUAUAUGUUUCACCGAAUUAUAUUUCUUUUAUUGAUUGUUAGUGGUCUCUCUUGUAAUCUUAAUUGCUGAGCCGAUUGUUUUCAGUCGUUCAGUGAACAUCGCUUGCAGGAGUACUCAAAAUGCCGUGUUAAUGUUCAUUCAAACACUCGCCACAGCUCGCACUACAAAAGUGAGAACCGGAUGGCCGUAUAGGUGAUUUUGGAAAUUUUUUUAACAGUUUAUGAAUAUUGAAUGAGUGCAAUUUGUAUCGUGAAAUACUGCUUUCUGUCCGAGGUCUGUCGGUAUGAUAAAAACAGUACCUCAUACUACUGUUUCACCUCAGAUGUGAUGUAUUAUAAAUGGUAUAAAAGGUUGGUUUACACGCACCCAGAUUUGUUGACAGGAUUUUGCAAAGUAAACUUGUCGAACGCAAAAUAGUUGGCCUCCGCUAAUUAAUCUACGGUGAUCAAGAGCCAUUAUGGCUCUUAAAUGUGAUCGAAGAUGAUUACCAGUUUUUGGGUGUACAUAUGAGGCUAUCAACUCGAUGUACGAUUUGGUUCAGUCUUGGGCUGUUUGCAAAUUAUUUUUCUCUAAAAUCAGGUAGCCUUUCCCUCAAAAGUCACAUAAAUGUGCUCUAAAGUUAACUGAAUUGUGGGAUUCGAAUACAAGUUUAUUGUUUAAUUUAAAUUAUAAAGUUAUUAAUGGGAGCCUCGCUUUUAGCCCUGACUAAAUCUAUAUAUUACUGCAAUACUAUACUUUAGUUAUAAUUAUGACCAUUUUGGUUUUUCAGACAGGACAAUAAUUACUGUGCGCCCAGAAGAUAAAAAGGUUGAUGAAGGAACUCGUGUUGAUCUGAGAUGUGAGGCAAAGGCUGACCCGUCUCUUGAGUUGAGAUACUAUUGGAAAAGAGAUGAUGCCGUCGUAACGUACAACAACAAAAUUCAGUGGUUUGAAGGAGCUAAGAUUCUAACAAUUGCCAGCAUUACAAUUUAUAAAGCUGGUAAUUAUACUUGUGUGGCCUACACUCCUGAUCCAAAAAGAUCUGAAGACCAAGCAUCUGCAACUAUUGAUAUCCGAGGUACUAACACAGUCUGUCUAGGGGUAUACGUGUUAUCUCAGAUUCUCUAGAAUGAACGGAAGUGGUCUCGUUAUGAAUCUUUUUGGUGGCGUUAACUGCAGGGAGACUGGGUACCACAUUAGGGAAUCGCGCCUGUAGAUACGCGUCGCUAGUAAAUGCAAAUUUUUCUGUCAAUCAAAUGUGUCCUAUUAUUUGUAGGUGGAAAUUGGUAAAACAUCGUUAUUGUUUUGGAGACAAUAGAAGAACAAAAGAUAACAGAAAGAUCAGGUUAUGCGGUCUUAAAGCGUGUUGCGUGACUUAAAUCAGUUGGAGCAUUUCUCCUAGCUUUCCCGCAUUAAAACGUUGGAAUGAAAAGUCUGAAGCUUAGCUUUUAAAAUCUUGAUAGCCAAAAUAAAAGGGGUGCCCCAAAAGGCAAGCAUCUGGGAAUUCAAAAUCGAUAUUUUAGUCUCCAGCGAAAUCCGGCGGAUGAACAGUAAUUUGCAUAUAGUCCCCCCCCCCCCAUAUAAGCGUAAGUGAAGCAAAAUAGAAUACAAAUUGCCGUGGUUGUAAACACAACGUUUCCUCGAAGUUUUUUUCCUUUUGAAAGCGUAAAUUCGCAUGAAAGAGCUCAGCUUGCACAAAAUAAUAUAAAAUGAAACGAAUCAAAUCGAAAAGUGGUAAAAAAAAGUCAGGAUAUUUCAAUUCGAUGGAAAGUAAGUGAUUGGGUAGGUGAUUUGCAUACUGAUAAAACUAACUUCUAGCGCAGUUCAAAACCGUUCGGCUUCCUGAAUUUUUUUCCUGGAAUUCUAUACAUUCUGCUGGCCUAAAUCGUUAAAAUAUCUUAUGAAGUCAAAAUAUUUAUCAAUUUGAGCGUUUGCAUUUCCUUAUAAAACAGAGAGUUGCGCAAAAGCUUCGAUCUAUAGAUUUUCUUAAGUUAAAUUACCUUUGUAUCAUGGAAACAAUACCCUAACACUUGAGUCUUGAAUCAAAGGACGCGACAUGCGUCGGCUCCCUUUGUGAGCGCGCAAAUAGUCAUGGGACCCGCGAUUUUGCGGGCGACGCGGAUCUACAGGCGCCGUUCCGUAAUGAGCUUUCCGUACAACGGUUUCUGAGAUAGAGAAGAAAAAUGUGACGUCACUAAAUUCAAAUUUGUGAAAUUAUGGGAUUAUUUAACAUAUUAAGAAAGAACAAAAUAAAAAUGCUCCCUUCCCAAAAAUCACUCUCUUAGUACAAAUUUGUAAAGAGAUAUUAGCACCGGUUUGCUCUGAUGACUCCACAAAAAUCCUUCUAAAAAUGGUUUGGAUCGUAAAGUUAACGAUCCAGGCCUAUUUCCGGGGGAUUUAUAUGAAGUCAUCGGAGCAAUAACCUUGCUUAUAUCUCCUCACCAAUUGGCAGCAACGUGCUAAUGUUUGGCAGCUGAACAUUUUCAUCUCUUUUUUUAUUCUGAAUAUGGCCAACCAAUCCAAAUUUAGUUUUUUUGACGUCAUCACUUCUUUUCCCAGUUGUUUGCAUCUCCCCGUGACUAUCUUCACCUUCGUAAGUUUGGCAGAGAAAAAUAGGCUUUCAUUACACUAACCAUUUUACUGUUUUAAUCUGAUUUUUGAAGGUGUUCCUAAUCCGCCACUAAAUCUUGCCAUGACAAAUUGUUUUAAACGCACUACAACGCUUUCCUGGGUUACUGGAGCAGCUAACAAUGCUUCCAUCACACAGUUUAUUAUUGAGCAGGAAUCUACGUAUGAGCCCAACGUGUUUUAUAACAUUCAAAAUGUUACACACCCUAAAGCGACGUCCUUUACCUUUAAUCUGACCGGAUGGGCGACCCUUCGUUUCCGUAUGAGAGCUGUCAACCGCUUUGGACCCAGCCGUGCAAGUGUAGCCACGACUGAAGUUUGUGAAACGGAUGUUGGACGUGAGUGUAUUUGGCUUGUCAGUUUUACUUUACAAACUCUGAGACGAUCAAUGAUGUUUUUCUUGGGCAAAGGAGUUGUCAUAUGCUACAUUGAUUCCGAUAUUGUUGAAUGAAAAAAUUGCUAUAAGUAUCCGGAGGCUAAGCGUUGCUUAACUGUAAUAUAUCAAGCAUGAGACGCAGUGUUUUAUCACUAGAUGAAACACCGAGAAGAGAGUUGAAAAAUACGACGCGCAGCGGAGCAUGUUUUUGACGAACUUCGAAGUGUUUCAUCUGGUGAUGAAGCACUGUGUUGAAUUCUUGAUAUUACUUCUCAAACAAAAUGAUUUUAGAAGGACAAAUUAAGGAUGCAAAAAUGAGAAGUUUUUCAUCUGAUUUCCAAACACUCACCAAACUUUAGUUUCCUUUCUAUUUUCUUUAUGAAUUAUUAAUGAGUUUGAGAAGGUGUGAUAAAAGUAGGUAUUUCAAGAUACUGCGACAGACGUCAAUUGUAAAGUAAGGUCGUGUUCAAACUCAGUUUUUCAAAUGUGGGUGGUAACCCAGUCUUCGCAUUCUUAGGAACCUUAUCCAAGGUCGCAAAGAAAAGGAAAAAUUCGUCGUCGCAUGUUGCGACCUCAAUUAAACGUUGAUCUAUAUUUUGAUUCUGAUUUCGAUAGGAAACUAUAUGAGACAUUAUUGGAACAGAAAUGACUUUAAAUCUAUGUACUUUCAACAGCUCCAGAUAAAUAUCCAGACAAUUUCCGUGGAAAUCCAAAGAAAGCCGAGCAGCUUGACAUUAUUUGGACCGUAAGUGCUCUUUAGCCCCGUGCAAACGGACGCAACAAUAUUGUUGGACAACAACUCCCAAAAUUGUUGGAUGUUACAUCUUACGUCCGUUUGCACACCCUGUUGCAUGUUGUUGCGUGUUGUUGGGGGUUGUUGCGCAAAGUUUGAGACCGUCAGGUCAUUUAGGUGAUUUAGUCGAGUUCUACUCCUUUUACUUACCGUUCGAAACAAAAUUUUAAAAAAAAUUAACUAACAGUAACUCGCAAUGGUGUCUGCAACACCAAGGAAAACCCAUUUCUUCAGUGGUUUAUAGUCCAAGACAUCUAUCCUCUGAAAUUUAGUCUGUGGGUUUGCUUCAUGACGUUUUGACAGGGAAUGUUUUAGUUUUGCAAAAGAAAGCAUUCCCAUAAGGAGGUUUAUAAGCGAAGGGUAUUAAUUUUGGAUUUAAGUACCUUCUUAUUUUUAAUUCUUCUUAGGCAAUGGCUAAAGUGGAUUGGAACGCACCCGGCCUUUACUACUUGCUGAAGUACAGACAGGUGCCGGGUGGUCAAUUUGGAGACCCGGAGAAAAUCACUGAUCCCACUGUUGACGUUUUUGCGAUACCAAAUCCCGGUUAUUAUAAGCUAUGGGAAUUUCAGAUUCAAGCUGGGAACAAGGAAGGUAUGGGGCCUAAGAGUCCUGUAGUACAAUCAUAUUCGGGUCAAGACCCGCCAGAAGGAAAGCCAGGAAAUGUGCAAACUGGAUCUGCGACGGCACGCACUGUUGUGUUGUCAUGGCAACCUGUUAAUGUUACUCGAGGAACUGUGGAUGGUUAUAAGGUGAGAGCAGCCUUGUUCCCAUUCCCUCUCUUUUUCUCUUUAUCCGGAGAUAGAUGGAGAGAGGAGAGACAGUAUUAGUGUGAUAUGGUCUUUUAAUCAGCUGCAAUUGGAUUUAAAGGGGUUGUUCCCGUGAUUUUUUUGUAGUUUAAACUUGCUUGGAAGUCAGCUUUGAUGAAGUUUCUAUUUCUUGAUUGGAAAGAUUUUCUUAUCGAUCGUUUGGCCCUUAUGCACUGACAUCGUUCAAGUCAGAUAAAGACAUCGAUCGAGUUACAUCUAAGAAUUGACGCCAAAAAUAUUUGUUUACAGUAGCGAAUUUGCAUUUGCAGAUUUACUACUGGGGUAAGAGUCGCCUGAGUGCAAGACGUCGACGAGAAAUUCCUGGUUAUGAGUCGUUUGUCAAUGUCCGAGGAGGCAGCACUGAUAGGCACAAUGUAAAAGAACUUACACCUUACACUGACUACAUCUUUGCAAUAACGGCUUACAACAGUGGCGGCGAAGGACCUGCCAGUAACGAAGCCUUUGCAGCGACUGAAGAAGAAGGUAAGUUUUUUCAAGGAGUUCACAAUUACCUCUAUCUUAACAAAGAUUUCUCAAUGAUCCCAAGAGCAAUGACGACGUGGCGUGGGUUUUAACCUUAGUAGGUCUACCAAAGCCGGAUUGGUCAGUCGAAGGUGAGAGGUCAAACUUAGACCCCGUCUACACUUAUCCGGAUAUUUUUUAUUCAUUACUACGUCGACACGCCGUAGCGUAUUCAAAUCGAGUUUGGCCGUCCACACGCGUACGUAUCCGGAUUCACUCUCAGUUCGUCACUAAUUUGUAAAAAGCGUUAUUUGGCUCAUACGAAAAUUUUCACGCCAAUCUUCUUCAAUGAACUGUUUCGCUUGUUUCACUGACAAAAUUGUCCCACUAAGCACUUGAGUUCGCUCGUUUAACUUGUUCAGUUACGGCGUCCAAUUCGUCUGUCCGACCGCCGCGCCAAGGAGAGAAGCCUUAGAAUGUCGAGCCGUCGUUUGGCAUAAUUGAAGUGUACAGCAAUCAUAGCUAGGUUUAACUGCAAGCACGUUAUAAGACUUGAAACUGAAGUCCAAGAAGUAAAAAAGCGAUAACAAUGUGAACGGCACCAUCUUGAAUAUUCACGGUUAAGGGCUCGAUCCUGUUACUUUACAGGAAAAAAAAAAUAUUCGGAUUUAGCGUCUACACUAUUCUGGAUUCAUAGCGCAUUCAAAAAUUUCCACUUUGGGGAGCGCCGAUUCAAACAGUUGCGGACUCGCAUGCCGGAUUCACCGGAUACGCAAAGACGGAAGCCGAAUCCGCAAAGAAAACGUUGCGAAUUCAAAAAUAUCCCGAUACGUGUGAACGGGGCCUUUGGACAACGCCGGGAAUUCCAGGCAGGGCAUUUGACGAAGGGCCGUUCCCCCUCAUUGCAAAACUAAUACCAAGUACGUAAAAAGCAAAGAAAAAUUACCAAGGAUGAUUUCCUGCCUCUUCCCCUAUUGGGAAGAGGGAAAUCACGAUGGUCAUAAAAAAGGAUAUACAGUCGUACAUCUUGGCGAUAGAUCCUUCCACGAUGUACGACUGUACGUCCCUUUUCUUGGUCAUCAAAGGCCAACCUGGAAUGCCCAGGGGCUAUUUUCAGUCCUCUCACCCUCGACCAAUCCGGUAUUGUUAGACCUACCAAGGGCAAAAGUUGGCAUCAUUAAGACAAGAAAUCACAAUCACGGCAAUGCAGCAAGGCUAAGGCAAAGGUACGCCCAUUUAUGAGUUCAAAGAGUGAUAAAAAACAAUCUUCUUGCAACAUUGUCAAUACAUAUUCAAGAUAAAAGGCUACGAGAAUUAAUGAAUGAUCACCAAAGGGAACAUUCUUUGAUCUUUUAUAAAAUUUUCUCCACUAAUUUUUAAGGAAAUGUAUGGAGAUAAGUCUGGAAUAUUUGUACGUGGGCUUAAAGGGUUAAGUUGCCAUGAACUUCAUUUCAUUUUAGUUCCUGGACCACCAUCAGCAGUCAACGUCUAUGCCUUUGCAAAAUACAUCCUGGUCACAUGGAAAGCUCCUGUGGAACCUAACGGCGUGAUUACAAAAUACCGAGUGGGGUCGGCGCAGUACAAUGGUACGCAGCCGAGCGACGGUCAUCAGGUAUCCUGGCAGGAACUAGGACCAGGUGUUUUUAGAAAGCUUCUUGAGAAUCAGACGGCGGAGAGAAAUUAUGUUGUAGAAAUACAAGCAGAGACAAGCAAAGGGUGGGGAGAACAAGUCAGAAAGACAACACGAACUGUAAAAUAUGCUCGUAAGUAUUUUUUAAAUACGUUAGUUAAUAUAGGUUUAACUUGAACUCUCGCCUUGCGGACUUUUCAUCGUUUCUAACCCGCUUAUACAGCCGCCUCUGUUCGCUCCUCUCCGCAAGGAGCGAGAAUAAAUGGCUGUAGUUGCAGACUACGCUUUUACGGACACCUCGAUAAUACGGAAAGUAGCUGAUAAAAUCUCCGGCGAAAACUAAGUACCAAAAUUUAGCAUGGAAGCACAUUCUACUAUUACCAUUAUUACUCAAUGGCCAGUAACGUACGCAUGCACACAGUCACAUCCACCAGGUAGUGGCAGUUGUGUAAACUAAUGAUGGUUUUAUGUUUCUGUCAGCUCCCACCAAACCAGAAAGACCCACUGUUGAGGGAACCGGCGUGGAUGAAGUGAAAGUUACUUACAACUUUGGUCUUGGUGGAGGCUAUACCCACGAGUUCUUGGUCAUGUACCGAAAGAAACAAUUACAACGACUACGACAACAACAACAGGAGAAAUUAAAAGAAACCAGGUAGAAAUGUGGAUGAUUGAAAAAAAAGACUAAUGUUUAUAAAAGAGAAAUCUAAUAUUAAUCAAUCCUAUUUUUACGGUAAGGUAUCUUUAGAAACGAAAAAUCUUGGUACCUCUACUGAGGGUAAAAAAAGCCUUGACCCCCAUUCUUUUGGAUGGCUUUAACAUCUUCCAGGGUCCCAUUCUUUUGGAUAGCCCUCCCUUUUGAAGCCUCAGUCCUCCCCAAACUCUUUCUGUUCGUAUGGUGUCCCCCUCAGAGAACCGAACCAAAUUUGGGAUUGAUCGAGAGGGGUUUGAGGCAACUUUCAGAGGUUAGCGUAUGCUGAAGAAAAAUGGCACGAGAAAGACUCGGGCGAGAAAAGGUAACGGACACAAGAAAUGAAACUUCCCCUCGGUUUACUAAUUUAAAUAUAUUUUUCUAAUUUUUUCUUAGUGCAAGGAGAAGCCUUCCAGAACACCAGCUGGAUUAAUCAUUUUGAGACGCAGAACAUCAAAAUUGGAGGCUUAAAUAACGAGCUUUACGAGUUUAAAACUGUUGGCAGAAAUGAUUAUCCAGACGACGAUGACGUUAAUUCAAGAUCAGAGAGCCCCGCCAGUGACGUCACGGACGGACGGCCUCUCCCAUCAAUAACCAGUAAGUAUCGGGGGGGGAGGGAGGGAGGGCGGAGGAAAUUUAGCCGAUUCCCUCUUUGAAUAUUACUUCACUGAAGUGAUCCCCCCUAAUAACUUUUGAUGACUUUCGCGAUCCCCCCCCCUCCCCAUGCCUUCAUUUUCCAAACAAAUUUGAGUGGUCCCCCUCUGAAUCCUUCCAAAGCUUUCAGCGAUCCCCCAUUUAGGGUUCUCAGUUACGACUGAUCCCCUCUUUUGCUCUCCCAAAAAUCAGUUAUUGCGCUCACAGGCAAUAAAUAAUGACCGGUCCCUCAUUUGCAUUUUAAGCUUUGAUAUCGAUUUCAAAUUUCGCACUAACCAAGGGCUAUCUUAACCCAGCUUUGAACAACCCGGCCCUGAAUGAUGUUUUCUUAUAAUAGCAACAGAGUAUACUCCUUUUACCAAUACCUUUCAGGUAGCAAGCCUUUAAGAAAUCCGAUACACAAGAGUGCUUGGUUCAUCACCUUGCUCACUAUUAUCGCUGUUGUGCUGAUUGUGCUGUUGAUUUUUGUACACUAUACUCGGCAUCAAGGUGCUAAAUAUCUUGGUAAGCUCAAAUGAGGUCUUGAUCUUCUAAAAUACAUUCAAUGUAAACAGUUUCUUGAGAACUUGCCUGAUGUAAAUGAUGCAUUCUGAAUUCUAUGCCCUGGAUUCCGGAUUCCAGGUACUGAAUUCCAGUCUUUGUCAAUGAAACUUUGAGUCCGGAUUUCAAACGUUACUUGGAUUCCAGAUUCCAUAAGCAAAAAUAUCCCGGAUUGCGGAUUCCACAGGGGAAAAAUUUUCCGGAUUCCGGAAUCCCUAACUUAAGAUGAAGAAUGGGUCUGUCUAUCAUCGCAUUCUGACGUGUCCUUAUUACAAUAACUGUAUUGGGCAUCCUUGCAAAUCAUUGGAGAAUUUUAACAUGACGUCAUGUUCGCCAUAUUGGUGUACGAAAACAAUAAAACGGUGGCAAUGUUGGUGUUCCAACCCAAUCCUUUGCAUUUGCAUAGAUGCUGACCACAGUGAAAAGAGGGUCCUCAAUAGGUUUCUCGGGUUUCUCGAUUUCCCUUAUUUAAAGCACGGGAUCCGGGAUUUCCCUUAUUUGAAGCUUGGGAUCGGUGAUUUCCCUCAUUUGAAGCUCGGGAUUUGGGAUUUUAAAACAAAAUCAGGGCGAGAUUCGGGAUUGAUUGUAUGCGCAGAAGGUGGGAUGCCAAAAAUAACCCUUGGGAUCACGGAAGUUUACGAAGUUUUGUGUUGGGAUUACGGGAUUGAAGAACCCUUUUAGGGACCCUCUGAAAAUGCUCUAAAGAUAGGAUCUACGCUAGAACCGGUGCCCCGCCAGAAACCAAAAAUCUCCCUUUAGGUGUGGUCAAAAGAAGAAUGCGAAAAACCAGUAUUCCUCAUCUUAUGCAGUGGCAGAUACAUAGCAUUGUAAUUUGCUUGUCUUUAAUGAGUGGUCUUUAAUCAAAGGCUUUUAUAGACUGCCAGCAGUCUCUUAUUUUUCUUGAGUCAGGGUAAAUCGUGCGCAUGCGCGACCAGCUUCGAUGAAUAAUUUUACUUUAGUUUUGGCCAACCGCGAAUGGCUCUGAGGAAAGAAUGAUGACGAUGCGCGAUGUAAGGCUUUAAUCAUGUUGACUGAUUUUCUGCUUAACAGUUGGCAAACGAGAGAGAGAGAGAGGUGUAAUUGAACACGAACCACCAUACGAUGAGGAAGAAGGCGCUUCUAUAAGCGAUCAACGGUGAGAAACUAUCGACCAUCAAUACGACUUUAUAGCACGUGGAAAUUGUCAUUUCUUGCAGAUUUCAGGGCUGUCAUUAAUGUUAAAUUGUUAUCCAAAGAAGAGAUUGCAAUCCUGGAUUCAGAAGAGGGCCAAAGAGUCACAAGUUUUAUCACUGUCACUUUAGUGCGUUCCCUCCUAAAAUAAAGUUUGUUGCCCGUUUUUACACGUUCUAUGGACGGAUUGUGGAUGAUCCAUCUGUCUGUCAAAAUUGACGGAUAAACAGAUGGAUUAACUUAGACGGAUAGUUCAUCCAAAAUUAAAACCCUUCCAUUUUCAAAUUAAGACGCAUAUUAUGUCUGUCGCAAAUUACCCAACGGAAAAUCCGUCUCUAGUGUGAAUACGGCCACUGUGUUGUGUUAUAAUCAGUCGUUGAAAUGUAAGGUGACAAUCUACGUGCGGUGCCUGCUUCAAAGCUUUAUGGCGGCCUGGAGUUUGGGGUACACUCGGAUACCGUGAAGGGUAUGUCACGUCCAAGUGAUGUAGCGCGUCCCGGUUAAACUGCAGAUACCCAAAACCCUGUACCAAAUUGAAGCUUAUUGAACUGGCUAUCUUUAACAAUGUGUUAAAAACUUGAAUUGUUGAUUUUAGUUAAAGCUAUUUACUAGACAUUGUAUAUUACAGUCGAGAUCAUGGUUACCCUGUAUGGUAGGCUACCAUGAAUUACUGGCCAAUAUAAUAACUGUUAACAGGGAAUAUAAUAACCUGUCAACAGGGAAUAUAAUAACUGUUAACAGGGAAGCCUCGGUGAGGAGUUGGGUCUCUUCCCCGGGGGUUGAAGUGAAUGAAACCCCUGAGAAUCUGCCUUUGGCGUUGUAAAGAUCUAACAUAGAUUUUGCUCGCUUUUAGCCGGGUGGAAAACCCUCCACCAUACCAGAGCAAGAGUUCUCUAUGGAAGAUCCCAGAAAACGACCGCGACAGUUUGGAUGAUUAUAGCGAGGGACAGCAGUUUGGCGAAGAUGGCGCCUUCAUUGAAGAGUACGUCGAAGGAAAGAAAAAUUCCCCGGACGGGAAGGACUCAGCUUUGGCGACAUUUGUUUGA